AUGACGGCCUUGACCUUACUUUUGUCAAUGCCCAAGGCCCUGCAGAGUACCAUGUCCACCUAUGCUAUAGCCAACAGUUUACCGGAAGGUGCUUUAGAAUUUCACUUCGAGGCUUGUUUCAUAUCCCUACUGUUAAUCUCUCAAGGGGUACGUGGUGUGGUGUGGUGGGUCAAGUUCGAGAACGCUCAUUCACAUCAUGAGCCUCCGAUCCACAGCCUUUCAAAAUCACUCAGAUUCCAAAGGAAGAAGAGAACCCGUUAUCUGGGCCAUGUCACCUUCCAUAUCCAUGACUGUACAUAUCAGGGGUACCACUUGAUGACUUGA